UGUGCUGCGGAAGACAGAGCACCUUUGAUGUGGAUCUUUUCAAACAGCAGAACCUCUGUGGGAUACCACCCCACACAGGAAGACUAUCUCACCAUCUCAUCUGGAAUGACGUGAGGCGCCAGCAGCCUUUUUAUUCUAAUUAUUCCGCAAACAAUAGUGAAUGUCUACCAGGUACCAGGCACUGCCUUCCACACUCAGGCUUCACAGCGAGAGAAGCUCCACUCUUCAGCAGCUCCCUAUCUGUAGAGAAGCCAGCAGCCUCCCUGCAUUAUUUGGGAACAAUGUGGGCCUGGACACUGUGGACGCUCCCUCUAAUCUGCAGAUUUGGCCUGGCAGACCUGCCAACUAAGCCUGAGAACAUUUCUUGCGUCUUCUACUAUAGGAAAAAUUUUACUUGCACCUGGAGUCCAGAGAAAGAAGGUGAUUUUGUAUCAUACACAGUCAGGAGAACUCUGUAUUAUUUACAUGAAAAUGAUACUUGUAAUUCUACAAGUGAAAAUGGCUCUUCAUGCUCUUUUUAUUCAAGAUUAACACCACCAGAUAUUUACAUUAUUCAAGUGGAGGCUCAAAAUGCAUACGGUAUAAUUAAAUCUGAUGUAACAUAUUGGGACUUAUAUACCAUAACUAAAAUCGAGCCUCCUAAGAUUUCCAGUGUGAAACCAGUUUUGGGCCUCAAAAAAAUGGUUCAAAUAAAAUGGACACAGCCUGUGUUGGCACCUAAGUCAUCUACUUUAAAUUAUACACUUCGAUUCAGAGCAGUAAAUAGUACCCACUGGAUGGAAGUCAACUUCACCAAGAGCUGUGUGAAUGAAGAGGCAGCAUAUAACCUCACAGGGCUGCAGGCUUUUACAGAGUACGUUGUGGCUCUGCAAUGUGUGGCUCACAAGUCAAGGUUCUGGAGUGGCUGGAGUCAAGAAAAAAUGGGAAUAACUAUGGAAGAAGCUCCACAUGGCCUGGAUCUAUGGAGAGUCCUGAGAUCAGACAAAGUGGAUGGAAAAAGGACAGUGCAGUUGUUGUGGAAGAAGGCAAAAGGAACCCCAGUCCUGGAGAAAGUACUUGGUUACAACAUAUGGUAUUUUCCAGAAAACAAUACUAACCUCACAGAGACAAUGAACACUACUGACCAGCAGCCUGAACUGUACCUGGGAAACCAGACCUACUGGGUACAUGUGAUUUCCUAUAAUUCUCUUGGGAAAUCUCCAGAGGCCACCUUGAGGAUUCCAGCUAUUGAUGAAAAGUUGUUCCAGUGCAUUGAGGCCAUGCACACCUGCCUCACUCAGGACCAGCUGGUGGUGGAGUGGCAAAGCUCUGCUCUGGAGGUUGAUACAUGGAUGGUGGAGUGGGUCCCAGACUUGGACUCAAAGCCCUUGGCCAUUUCCUGGGAGUCUGUGUCUCAUACCAGGAACUGGACAAUCCAGCAAGAUGAACUGAAACCUUUCUGGUGCUAUAAUAUCUCUGUGUAUCCAAUGUUGCAAAACCGAGUGGGCGAGCCAUAUUCCGUUCAGGCUUAUGUCAAAGAAGGUGUUCCAUCAGCAGGUCCCGUGACGAAGGUGGAGAACAUUGGUGUGAGGACAGUCACAAUUACAUGGAAGGAGAUUCCCAAGCAUCAGAGAAAUGGUUUCAUCAACAAUUACACCAUAUUUUACCAAGCUGAAGAUGGAAAGGAAUUCUCCAAGACAGUCAACUCCAGCAUCCUGCAGUGUGACCUGGAGUCCCUGACACGAAAGACCUCUUACACUGUUUGGGUCAUGGCCAGCACCAGUGCUGGGGGAGCUAAUGGCCCCGGGAUAAGCUUCAAGACAUUGUCAAUUAGUGUCUUUGAGAUUUUUCUUGUAACUUCUCUGGUUGGAGGGGGCCUUCUUAUUCUCAUCCUCCUGACAGUGGCAUAUGGCAUCAAAAAACCCAACAAACUGAAGCACCUAUGUUGGCCUGAUGUUCCCAACCCUGCUGAAAGCAGUAUAGCCACGUGGUGUGGAGAUGAUUUCAAGGGUAAGCUAAAUCUGAAGAAGUUUGACAACUCUGUGUACAGAGAAGAAGACAGGAUUCUAAAACCAUGUUCUUCACCCAAUGGCCUUAUUGACAAGUUGGUGGUGAACUUUGAGAAUUUUUUGGAAGUGGUUUCCGCUGAGCAUCCUGGGAAGGGUUGGGAAAAUAUCUUGGGAGGGGAAAAGAAUGAGUACGUGACCUCCCCAAACAGGCCUUAUUGUCCCACUGUUUCAACCGAGAUUCCACCCAGAGGGUCCCAGUGCCUGUGUCCUGGGAUGCUAGAGGAGACCUGCUCAGAAACCAGAGAGCAGCUUCUCCCUCCCGCCCAAGGCUUUGGGCCAGACCAUCUCUGUGAGGAAGGCGCAUCAAACCCUUACUUGAAAAAUUCAGUGACAACCAGAGAAUUUCUUGUGUCUGAAAAACUUCCAGAGCAAAUCCAAAAAGAAGUCUAAGUGCUGCUGUGACUUGAAUUCCCCUGCGUCUCAGUGUGGCUGACACACAGAGGUAGAAGGUGUGGCUCCAAGAGCUUUCUUGGCAUCUUCCCAUCCUGCUUGUGUUAGAGAAAGCCUUGCACACCCCCAAACUUGGUUGGUACAGAUGUGGAAUUCUCUUGAGAAGAAAGGAUGGUGAUCAGCCCGAGCACCUUGCAGACGAAGAACAAUCUUUUGUUGUUAUCGUUGUUCAGCUAACAAGCUAUCACUGAGGCCCCUGGCAGAUGGACUCGGAGGGACAGUAGACACUGAAGGCAGACAUAUGUGGCCGUCCUGAGGAACUGGGCCUUGGGCACGGCCUCUGCUGGCGCCGCUCCUCACAGCUCCAGGAGAGACUUUCCCUGUUGCCAGAAGACCGUUGUUUAGUUGGCACCUGGGUGACCUGCUGGGAGGCAAGAGGCUUUCCCAUCACCUUGACCUCCCCGGCUCUAGGCUCCACUCUGAGGCAGCCCUGGCAUCACUUUAGAGUCGCUUUAAAUCUCUCUUUCAACACAGAGGCAGAAAGCAGGGUGGCCUUCCAGAUGGAGUGCCUGAAACACCUCAUUAUCCUCAUUAAAUCUCAAGUGUCUGCAGCAACACCCCACCCAGGACUCUUGCCCUUGGUCACUCCACGCCUGCAGCGGGGGAUGGAGGAACAAGGGAGGGCCUCAGCAGGGCGCUGGAGAAGGGACUCUCGCCUGGGCUGGCAGGUCCGCCCCACUGGCCAGGUCAUAGCCCAGCCCUGCCAACAGUUUCCGGAGGCCCCUGCUGCCCGUCUGUCUUGUACCCAAGCCUGGGAGUUGAAAGACACUGAAGAUGGCGGCGGCUUUUAGACGGGGACUCUGGUGCCUCGUGCUGGCCUGGAGCCCAGGAAUGCCUAUGGAACACAUCCUGCAAAGGCCUCUCCCCAGAAGCAGCUGAGCAGGGCCUGGGCCCAUGGAAUGCUCAGUAACUGUGCCGCUCCCACGCCGGGGCGCCUCUGCCUUCACCCGGCAAAGCCAGGAGCCCACAGCCUUGACUGGAACCAUUAGCCCGAGGGCUGAUGGCAGACCCUUGGGAACUUGCGGCUGGCCGUGGGCUCACACCCUGCGCACAGUGACUUGCUGGUGUUGGCGAUGGCUUGUCUGGCCAUUGCGGGAAGUUGCUGAGAGCCUGGUAUGGUGGGGGCAGUGGGGUCCAGUGAGCCCAGCAUUUGCCAGAUAGAAAGGCUGAUGGUAUUUUCUCCAAGAGUGGGAAGUCUGUGCUUGUGGUCCACAAGCAGCAAUCACAGACUUCACAAGCCACCGACUCGGGUGUGCAAAAACAUUGCUUUCCUUUCCUAUAACCAAGGUUGAUUUCCAGUCCCAGCCCCUGACCUUUAGAAGGAACCACCCCAAGUUAGUGAUUCUGAGUUGCCUUGGGUUUGGAGCUCGAGCUCACCUGGGAUUUCAAUGCCCCGUCCACCCUGGGACUGGCUCUGAGUGCCAGCAGAUAUUCAGGGGAGUGUGAGGUCUGCUGCCCAACCCCGGGCAGGGACGUGCCCUCUUCCCUGUCCCCUGCCACUUUCCUCCAGUCACUGCAUCCUUAUUGUGGGCACAAGCAAGGAUGCUUUCCCAAAGCUGUCUCCUCAUUAAGUCUCCAGUGUCUAUAGCACCCCCCAAAUUCAUCAGGCCUGGUUCACAGAACAGUGACCACUGAUAAAUCUAGGAAGAAAGGAUGCGUGGGGCAGGCGCUGGGGAGCCUAUGUUCUCAGAGCAGAAAGGGACCAAAUGAAAGGGACUCCAGGCUGUGGUGGGCGCUCUCUGCCCUGAUGCCUCCCUCCCCAACCCUGUUGUUAUGUGGGCACUUCUGUGAACCCCGUGUCCUCCAGAAUCCCAGACAGGCCCUUUCCACCCGCCUCUGAUCUCUGAGCUCACAGGAGGCCCUAGGCUGGUACCCCACAUUCCUCUCUCUCUCCUGAGAAACACUCUGCUGCCUCCAGCUGAGGGGCAGGGAGUGCCAGUGAGUCCCUGUAGUCUUGUUCUCACGCCCUUUUGAACCUAAAGUCCAAGAAUUUGAUGAUGGGGAGAGGGAAAAGGUCACAAAUCGAAGUGGGUUUCAGAGGUGAAGCCAUUACCCUUACUCUCCCUCCCUUAACCAUUCAUUAACACCUGAAGCUUCUGACGAAUAGCUGGCAAAUACCACACCCUGGGGCUUCCCAGGUGACAAUACAGGUAAAGAACCUGCGUGCCAAUGCAGGAGACAGGAGAGAUGCGGGUUCAAUCCCUGGGUCAGGAAGAUCCCCUGGAGGAGGGCACAGCAAUCCACUCCAGUAUUCUUGCCUGGAAAAUUCCAUGGACGGAGGAGCCUGUCCGGCUGCAUGACUGAAGUGACUUUAGCACGCAUGCACCACACCCUUGGCCCUUCCUCCGUUUCAUUCCCUUUCCCACUUUCCUUCUUGCCUCCUGUCUUCUGCUCCUUUUUUCCCACCAUUCCCAGCAGCUUUGCAUCUUUUUAAAUGCUUCCUUUUUCCCCCUCUCCCAUUUCUUGUUUCUUUUCUUUUUAUCCUUUUCUCCCCUUUCCAUUAGCCCCCUUAUAACAUCUCCAGAUUUACUUUUGCUAGCUUUGAGGGCUAGGACAUUUAGGGGCCUCUGUUUUGUUCUAGAAGGCCCAAGGCGGUUUCACAAGAGUCAGUGUUUCCUGCCAGGAAAAGGGGCACAUUUCUGAGGCAGCCCGGGAAGCACCCUGCAGCGCCGGCCUGCAGAGCAGAUCACAGGCCUGGCCUGGGAGAAGCCAGCGGUGACCUUCCUCCCCUGGAAUCCGGUCACGGACUGUCCCUGCUCCAGGGUCCUGCGCUGCCUCUGUGACUGCAGAUGGAGAGGGCCAUCUGCGUUUUCUUCCUGUUGCUGUCAGAGAGACACUGAGCAGACACAAACAGGAAAACUUGUUUUAUCAAGCUCAUUAAAAACUGGUAAAAUUCUCCUUCGAGUUUUCUAGGGCUCUGGGAACCACGCAAACAGCUACAUUAGUGCCCUGUUACUAGCCUUUCUUUUACAGUAAUAUCAGAAAAAAAUUUUUAAAGAAUGGCAGAGAAGUGGUUAGUGGUUCAAAAAAGGGAGAUGGUACCUUCAUUCUUUCUCGGGCAGCUGCAAUAAAACGCAGAGUAACAAUACCAUGUGAGGUGGGGGUCCUGGUGGAGGUGGGGGUUUGAAAGAGGCAGAAGAUGGGGAGGUCCCGACACCCCCAUGGCUGUUCCUACCUCGUGUGGGGAAAGCCUGUGCUGGCCUGCCCAAUCCACCCCCCACCCCCGCCGUUACCCCCCACGCCCCCAAUCCCUUCCCUGGGUCUCCAGUGGCUCUUAGCUAUUGAUGCUGCUGCAGGCAUGCUUCAGCCCAGGUCCCUGCCAGCCGGCCCUUGAGCCCAGUCUGGGCUCUGUUUCUGAAGGGCCCAUGAGCCAAAAAUGAUUCUUAACAUUUUAAAAGACUAGAAAACAAAAUUAAAUGAAGAAAACAUUUAAUGAUAUGUGAAAAUGCUACAGAAUUCAGUGUCUACUGCUGAAACUUAGUUGGGACACUGUCACACUCAUCUUUGAUAUAUCAUCUCCAGCUGCUUUCUGCACACAAAGACAGAAAUGAAUAGCUGUGACAGAGCUUCUUCCAUAGAGCCUCAAGUGGUCACCAUCUGGUCCUUUAUAGAAAAAGUUUGCUGACCCACCCCUGUGAAGCCCACAGACACAGGCUCAGACUGCACAAAGUGUUUUAACUUUGAAGUAUCUGCUAAGGAAAAACAAAAUCAGGCUGUGUCAUUCUGGACUCCUAAUUGGAUCGAGACAGCCCUCUUAAAAGGGCACACUGCGGCCCUCACGAUCUCUGUCUGCCUCUGCCUGUGGCUAAGCUGGAUAGUUGUGGCUAUUUAGCACUCACUCCAGUAGUUCUUGACCCAGGUUAUUUUGUCUCCCAUCCCCGACCGUCAGACAUUUGGCAAUGCCUGAGGGCACUGCUGGGAUUGAGUGGGUAAGAGCCAGCAAAGAUGGUGGUCACCCUACAAUGCACAGAACAGACCCCGCAACAAAGGGUUAUGUGUCUCAAGGCAUCAGUGGUGCUGAGGUGAGAAAUCCUGACUGAGCUAACCUCUGCCCUGCGCCUACAGCAAUGAUCACAGGUGCCUCUCAGGGUCCACACAUAGCUCUAGGGGGUCUCUCUUUUUAAUUUUUUCAUAAAUUAAAUUUUGUUUUGGACUCAACUUCACAACAGCAACAAGAACAAACAUCUCAAUACCAAUUAUUUCAUUCUUAAUUCAUUUCUGAUAUGAUCUGUGUCCCUUAAGUGAAAUACAUUUUCAUUUAAUUACUGAUACAUUAAUUAUUGAUUCAGUUGGAGUCUCCCUUUACUGUUACUUAUUAUUUCAUGUAUAAAAUUUCAUAUAUGAAUACAGUUCACAGUGGCCACACCGAACCUCUCAGUGUACCUGCAUAUCAUGGUUUGCUCAGGAUUGUUUUAAAUGUCCUCCUCAUAUAAGUAGAAACUUCAAUGAACCUUGUUGCACAAAAUUUUCUUUUUGCACUUUUGUCCUCACUCCUUGGGUAGAAUUGCUGGGUCAAAGUAUUAUGGUUAUUGCAUGACUGUGCCCCCCAAACAGCUGCACUGAUUUGCAAUAGCACCAGACACGGCUGUAAACUGAAUUUUGUCUAUUUACUGGGUAUGGUCAAUGAAACUUCAUAGUCAUUUGUGUUGCUUAAAUCAUUGUGAAGCAGACCAUGAGAAGGGUCAUUAGCAGGCUUUUACUGGACACUGGGGUCAGCAGGGGGAGACUUUGCUCAGAAGCUUGAACAGCCCCAGGCCACAUUUGCAGACUCGUGGAGGCCGGCCCUGCCCUCCACACUGCUGGGCUGCUCUGUCACAGUACCUGCCCCCUUGCUGCUGAGAAAGGGGGGUGACUCCUGCGGGAGGGCAGCCAGCCAGCCCGAAGGGAGCCACGUGGUGGGGGGUGGGAGCGGGUCCAGGUCCUACCCAGCUUCACCAUAUGUGUGUGGGGGGGUGUGAAAUGCCAGGAGGGUAUCCCAAGGCCUGGACUUAGAAAUCAAGAUGUGCAAACCGGAAUGCUGAUGUCAGGGAGGAAAGCUGACCCCCUGUACCAGGGAAGCGUUUCUUUGUGGGCUCUGCCUGUCGUCUUUUCCAUGGAUUGUUCGUAUGUCGAUAUAACAUGUAAUGCUUCUGCAUGAAAGUUCAUGUGUGUGAAAAACACGGUUAUUGUAAUGAGAAUAGCUUUUCAGAUGCUUUAUUGUAAGUGCAUUUAUAUUUUGAUUUUUCAAAUAAUAAAGCUGUAACACCA